UCUUCAGUCCAAACUUCCUUCGCUUUGAGUCUCUCAUCACCACCACCACAGUAACCAAAAACCUUCCCUCUUUACUUCUCCUCCAACUUUCUGCAUUAUAAGUACACACUUCUCCUCUGACAUCAUCAUCAAUGGCUUGUUUGGAGAUGUGCAAUAAGGAGGGUAAGUUUAAAAAGGAUCGAGAAGAAUGUACUCUUGAUGGGACAACAGAUUUUCAUGGUCGUCCAGCUAUUAAACAGAAAUCUGGAAAGUGGGUUGCAGGAAUUAUCAUCCUCUUGAACCAAGGCCUAGCAACCCUUGCAUUCUUCGGCGUAGGCGUCAAUUUGGUGCUGUUCUUGACAAGAGUAUUGCAACAAAACAAUGCUGAUGCUGCUAACAGUGUUAGCAAAUGGACAGGAACUGUCUACAUCUUCUCCCUCGUCGGCGCUUUUCUCAGCGACUCCUACUGGGGAAGAUACAAGACCUGUGCCAUCUUUCAAGUCAUUUUUGUCAUUGGUCUGAUGUUACUAUCACUUUCAUCGUAUCUUUUCCUUAUAAGACCAAAAGGAUGUGGUGAUGGAAUGACUCCAUGUGGGUCUCAUUCAAGUAUGGAAAUCGGGUUCUUUUAUCUCUCUAUAUAUCUAAUUGCCCUCGGAAAUGGAGGGUAUCAACCUAAUAUCGCUACGUUUGGGGCUGAUCAAUUUGAUGAACAGGAUCCUAAGGAAGGGCAUUCAAAAGUUGCGUUUUUUAGCUACUUUUACUUGGCUUUGAAUUUGGGUUCUCUCUUCUCCAACACUGUAUUAGGGUAUUUCGAAGAUGGAGGGAUGUGGGCAUUAGGGUUUUGGGUGUCUACAGGUUCUGCCUUUGCUGCAUUGGUCUUGUUUCUUGGAGGAACUGCUUGGUACAGACACUUCAAGCCUAGUGGUAAUCCUCUAUCCAGAUUCUGUCAAGUUAUCAUCGCUGCGACGAAGAAAUGGAAGGUUGAGAUGCCACAAGAUUCAGAGGACUUGUAUGACUUGGAUGACAAAGAUGGCUCUGUUAAUUCUAGCAGAAAGAUACUUCACACUCAUGGAUUCAAGUUCUUGGAUAGAGCAGCUUUCAUCUCCUCAAGAGAUAUGGACGAUCAGAAUCAGGAUUGCCGCAACCCAUGGCGGCUCUGCCCAAUUACACAAGUAGAAGAAGUUAAAUGUAUAUUAAGAUUACUCCCAAUUUGGCUCUGCACCAUACUCUACUCCGUUGUCUUUACACAAAUGGCCUCUUUAUUUGUAGAACAAGGUGCAGCAAUGAAAACUACUAUCUCAAACUUCAGAAUCCCUGCUGCUAGCAUGUCUAGCUUUGACAUUCUCAGUGUUGCACUCUUCAUUUUCCUUUACCGGCGAGUUCUUGAUCCGCUUGUGGGCAGAAUUAGGAACUCCAAAUCAAAAGGACUAACUGAGCUUCAAAGGAUGGGUAUAGGGCUAGUAAUAGCAAUAAUGGCAAUGGUUUCAGCUGGGAUUGUGGAGUGCUAUAGACUAAAAUAUGCAAGAAAAGACUGCAGACAUUGUGAAGGUUCAAGCUCCUUAAGCGUAUUCUGGCAAGUUCCUCAAUAUGCACUUAUCGGAGCGUCUGAAGUUUUCAUGUAUGUUGGUCAACUGGAGUUUUUCAAUGCACAAGCACCAGAUGGAUUAAAAAGCUUCGGAAGUGCACUGUGCAUGACAUCGAUCUCGUUAGGGAACUAUGUAAGUAGUUUGUUGGUGACUAUGGUGAUGAAGAUUUCGACAGAGGGAAACAUGCAUGGAUGGAUCCCUGGAAAUCUGAACAAGGGUCAUCUAGAUAGGUUUUACUUCCUCUUAGCUGCUUUAACAAGUGUAGACUUGUUUGUGUAUAUUGCAUGUGCAAAGUGGUAUAAAUCUAUCAAGUUCCAAGGGAGAGAUGUGGCUAACAAUAAGGAAGAAGAUGACUUCGAAGUCUGAUUAUCAGAAAUUAACACCUACAGUACAAAGCUAAAUAAAUAAGAUGGAGGCAUAUGCAUUUCGCAGUGAGUUUUCUGUUCUAAAAAGAAUUGGGUCCUAUAGGAGUGCAAGAAACCUAUUGCUCAAAUCUCUCCUAUAAGACCUAAUUCUCCAGUUGAUUCUGCUUUUAGAGUUAGGACUGGGUAGAAAUGGGUUUUUCAAAUAGGUGGAUUGACUUUUGGUUUAAUGUCACCCAUACUAAUUUGCUGGGUUUUACAAGCGAUAGAAUUGACCGGUGCUUGUAAUCAAAUUUAUGUAAAAAAAGGAAAAACAUAGAGCAAGUUCUCUUUGUAGAAUGCGCACUAAGUUACUGUAUAUGAGAGCUGCUCUGUUGGAUUAUAAUAGAAAAUGCCUCCUUUCCUUCAAA